GCGUGAAGAAGAAAGCAUGGACGAACACGAAGUUUUAACAACAUUGAAGAUUUUGAUAAUAGGUGAAAGUGGAGUUGGGAAAUCAAGUUUGUUGCUGAGAUUCACAGAUGACACAUUUGACCCAGAGCAGGCAGCCACAAUAGGUGUCGACUUUAAAGUGAAAACUCUACAGGUUGAUGGUAACAAAGCAAAACUUGCAAUCUGGGACACUGCAGGUCAAGAGCGAUUCCGAACACUGACACCAAGCUACUACAGAGGAGCUCAGGGUGUCAUUCUAGUGUAUGAUGUCACCAGCAAGGCCUCUUUCAACAAACUAGAACAAUGGCUAAAUGAAUUGGAGACUUUCUCAACAAAACAUGAUCUCAUCAAAAUGCUUGUCGGAAACAAGAUAGACAAUGAAAGACGAGAGGUUAGUAAGGAGGAAGGACUCAAGUUUGCGAGGAAACACCACAUGUUGUUUAUAGAAGCCAGUGCCAAAACAAAAGAGGGAGUGCAGUGUGCUUUCGAAGAACUAGUGGAAAAGAUCAUACAGACACCUGGAUUAUGGGAGACAGACACACAGGGCAGACGUAUAACAGGUCAAGAUUCAAAUGGAGGUCAAGGAGCAGCAUGUGGUGGAUACUGUAGUGUAAUAUGAGUGGACCAAACAGUAUGCAGACUGACCAAUCAUAACUUGCGUAACAAACUUAAGAGAACAUGAAGAACCAUUGUUUGUGAUAUUAAACCUUGAUUUAAAACCAUUGACUAUGUCAUCCUCAAUAUUCAGAGGUGACGCUUACCUUUGCUCUCCACACCCCUGGAAUAUGUUAUAGCAAAAUUGAAGGCACGCGACUAGCUAUUUGAUUGGUCUCCGGUAAAAAUACCUGA